CGACCUCUGUAGAUACAUACAAACAGAGCCAGGAGUACUACCAUGUACAGAGUCUCAUCAGAUCAUAUCAGGAGCGUGGUCAUCAUUACGCAGAUUUAGAUCCACUGGGAAUAAAUAAACACACUUUUUCUAACAUGGGAAUCGAACUAGCUUAUGAUCAUUUCCAGUUUGGUGAAACUGACCUGGAUAGGAAGUUUUACUUACCUGAUGACAGUGUGACCUACAUAGGAGGGGAAGAGAAGUCCCUGUCCCUGGGGGAGAUCAUUAGGAGACUAGAGAACAUCUACUGUAAGCACAUUGGAAUUGAGUAUACUCACAUCAAUAAUGAGGAACAGACUCGCUGGAUCAGGGAAAAGUUUGAGACUCCCAGAAUACGAGAAUUCUCAGCGGAGGAGAAACAUGUCACGCUCGCUCGUCUUGUUAGAUCUCAAAGAUUUGAGGAAUUUCUGUCAACCAAGUGGACAUCAGAGAAGCGUUUUGGUUUGGAGGGGUGUGAGGUGCUGAUUCCAGGAAUGAAGACCAUCAUUGAUAAGUCUACAGAGUAUGGAGCCGAGAGCUUUAUUGUUGGAAUGCCACACAGAGGAAGGUUGAAUGUUUUGGCCAAUGUCUGCAGAAAACCCCUGGAGAACAUCUUCUGUCAGUUUGACUCCAAGUUAAAUGAGGAAGAUGAGGGCUCUGGAGACGUGAAGUACCACCUGGGAAUGUCACACCACCGACUUAACAGAGUCACAAACAAGGAAAUCAAAAUCGCGGUGGUGGCUAACCCCUCCCACUUAGAGGCCGUGGGUCCCGUGGCUCAAGGCAAGACCAGGCACGAACAGGAGUGUAUGGGAGACACCGAUGGGAAAAGGGUGAUGAGCAUUCUUUUACAUGGUGAUGCAGCCUUUUCUGGCCAGGGGGUUGUAUAUGAGACUCUCCAUUUGAGUGACCUACCAGCAUUUACCACCCAUGGCACCAUUCACAUUGUGGUCAACAACCAGAUUGGCUUCACCACAGAUCCCCGUUUUUCGAGAUCCUCCCCCUACCCCACUGAUGUAGGGAGGGUGAUCAAUGCCCCCAUCUUCCACGUCAAUGCUGACUAUCCCGAGGAGGUGGUGUACGUGUGUAAGGUGGCUGCUGAGUGGAGGGCCACAUUCGGAAAAGAUGUGGUGGUAGAUCUGGUUUGCUACAGAAGAAAUGGUCACAAUGAAAAUGACAAUCCCUAUGUAACUCAACCUAUUAUGUACAAAGCCAUAAAGAAACAACAACCAGUGAUGGAGAAGUAUGCAGAUCAGCUUGUCAAUUCAGGGGUUGUCACCAAAGAAGAUUAUAAAAAUGAAAUAGAGAAGUAUGACCAAAUCUGUAAGAAAGCUUAUGAUGAAUCCAAGAAUAUCCUGGUGAAUAAAAACAGUGAGUGGCUGGACUCGCCCUGGGGGGACUUCUUCACUAACAAAGACCAGAUGAAGGUGGCUCCCACAGGAAUCCCUGAGGAGGUUGUACGUAAACUAGGGGUCCAGGCCAGCUCUGUCCCCGAUGAUCUCAACGUUCACUCAAGUUUAAGCCGAGUUCUGAAGGCCCGUAUGAAGAUGGUUGAGGAGAGAACGGUAGACUGGGCCCUGGGGGAGACUAUUGCUUACAUGUCCCUCCUGAUUGACGGCUAUCCGGUGAGGCUCAGUGGUCAGGAUGUAGAGAGGGGCACAUUCAGUCACCGUCAUCAUGUGAUCCAUGAUCAGAACAUUGACAAGAAGACGUACUGUCAGCUGAAUGACCUGGACGGACUGUUUGAGGGGAAGAAGCCUGCCCCCUACACCGUGUGUAACAGCUCUCUCUCAGAGUACGCUGUGUUAGGAUUUGAGGUGGGCUUCAGUCAGGUGGAUCCUAACUGUCUGGUCCUGUGGGAGGCCCAGUUUGGAGACUUUGCUAACACAGCUCAGCCAAUCAUUGAUCAGUUUAUCUCCUGUGGACAAGAUAAGUGGGUCAGACAGCUGGGACUGACCCUCUUACUCCCUCAUGGGUAUGAGGGCAUGGGUCCUGAACACUCCAGUGCUCGAUUUGAGCGAUUUCUACAGAUGUCUAAUGAUGACCCCAGUCAGGAGCUGAUCCUACAAAAACUGGAGAUAUUUGGCGAUGACUUUGCCAUGCAGCAACUUCAUGACAUCAACUGGUUUGUGUGUAACAUCUCCACCCCAGCCAACUUCUUCCACGCCAUCCGUCGACAGAUCCUGCUGCCCUUCAGGAGACCACUGAUAGUUAUGAGCCCCAAGGCCAUUCUUCGUCUCCCUGAGGCCAGGUCCUCCUUUGAUGAGAUGAUCGGGGACACAGAAUUUCAGAGAAUUAUUCCAGACAACGGACCGGCCUCAGAGAAUCCAGAGGCAGUUAACAAACUGGUCUUCUGUACAGGAAAGGUGUACUAUGAAAUCGCCAAAACCAGAAAAGUGACUGAGAAGGAAGGUGAAGUGGCUGUUGUACGCAUUGAGCAGGUUUCUCCAUUCCCCUAUGAUCUGAUUAGGGAUGAGAUUGAUAAAUAUCCUAAUGCCAGCAUCUCCUGGGUUCAAGAAGAACAUAAAAAUAUGGGUGCAUUCCAGUAUGUGGAACCCAGACUUCGUCACCUUCUGAUGAAUAUGGGAAGAGAUGAAAAAGUCAAGUAUGAGGGACGUUUUCCGGCUGCCUCCCCAGCUGCUGGUAACAAACAACUCCAUGAGCAGGAGUUGGACGCUUUCAUGAGCAACGUCUGCAAUCCUGAUUUCUACUGAAACAGCUACAACAGUGAAUCCAGAACAGAAUUUAUAUAAUGUUAACGUGAAAUCAAAACCAGAACACCAAAUGCCACUGAUUGUGCCUAAAUUGUUUUGUUCUUGACUUCAGCACUUAUAUAUUUUUUUUCCUCCAUUUUAAAGCAACAUGUGCAUGAAUGCUUGUCUUAUGAAAGAAUGAACAUAACAAAGGAGCAUAAUUCUUUGGACAGAAUCUCCAUGAUGCUAUAUUUUUCUGGGUUGGAUUUUUCUUUUCAGUUUCACAGAAAAAAAGAUAUAUUAGUCAAAUGUAUUACAUGUAUAAUAAAUUUAUGUGAUUAAAUUUAUUGCAAAGAUAUUUUUCCCAUGUAAUUUUGUGUGAUAUGCAACCUAUUUCUGUUUAAAAGGCAAUUAUUUUUUUUUUCUCCAAUUGUUAAAUUUUAUUGUUGAUUUGUUGCAAAUGUUAUCAAUGAUUUAUGUGUGUAGAAUCUUUUUGUUUAUUUUAAAGGAGGUAGUUUUAGCAGACUUGCUUUUUCUUCACCAGAACUUGUAUGAAGUACAAUUUCAGGGACUGUUUUGUAGAGGGGGUGUAACCUCUUGUCACCAGUGAAUUAACUAUAUCUUGUGAUUACAUUUAAAACCAGAAAUAUUUUACACUUUAAUAGAUUCAUAAUUCUUUUCUUGUAUUUUUCUUUUGACUUUAGUAGCAUUGAAGUACUUAAAUGGAGUGAAUGCAAAAGAUUUCUAAACAUAAUAAUGAUAGCAGAAUAAAAAUUGUUCACAAAGUACUUGUACUUAAUUUGUCAUUUAUAGGUUACUAUGAAUUGUUUCAAUUUACAUUUCACUCUGUAAACAAUUUAUAGAAUCUCGAUAAGCUUUUUGAAUUAUAUUACAUACACAAUUUAUGACCAAAUAUGAGGGCUACAACGUCUAAAGAAAGCAAGUCUAAGGCCUAUGAUUUUGAGGUUCCAACAAAUCAUCUAUAGCUGUAAUCACAGAUUUGGUGUUUUCUCCACUUCCAUUUUACGGGGAAUUGUUACAAAGUACAAUAUGGCUUAGUUUAUUCAACAAAACUAACAAAGAUCCUCAUCAUGUAAGACAUUAGUAAUGAACAAUUUGAACAGUUUAGAUUAAACUUGCAUAACAACUUAACAAUUGUCAUCUAAGUUUUUCUUUGAUUUUAAUUGUCAUCUAAGUUAACAAUGAUCAUCUUUUAGGAAAUCUGCACAUUCAUAUUGUAUACAGGAUAUGUAAAAGCAUAUCCAAGUCAAUAGUAGAAAAUUCAUCAGAGAAAUAAUGUACAAUUUUAAUGGGAUUUGAUGAAUAUUUCUGGUUUGUAAUGUAUGUUAAAUUAUUUUGUAAAAAGAAUGUAAACAAGAUAAAUACUAAUGUUUUAUUUAUUUGAUUAGAAUUUUUUUGACUUGUAUGUCUCCACUUCGCCAUUGCAAAGAACUACAGAUUAUUUAUAAUUUUGCAGAUAAUAAAAAAUUACAGCUUA